CCCCGCGCUGAGUCAAGAUGGAGGAGCGCAGCGGUCGCGGGAGAACAAUGUUUAGACUCUGAAGACAGAAACAAACGACCGAGCUGGGAGGGAAAAAAAACAAGCACGGCCAGAGUGAGCGGUGGUCAUGAGCUGGAUGAGAGCUGUGGCCCUCUUUUGAAGACCCUAUAAUUUCAGCAUCACUCCGCUCUGUCCAAGCGCUUCCACCAUGAGUCUCAUCCAGGACAAGCUGGGAAGCGAGUUCCUGCGGCCAGGCGGGGGCAUGGAGGCCGGCUUCAGCUCGGGCAUGCUGAUGUUCAGUCACCUGCCACCCGUCACCAGCUUCACCCGCCUGGCCGGACAGAGCGUCAUGGCCGAGCUGCAGCCACACGAUUUCGUCCUGAAAAAGGAGCGCCACUCGCCUGACUGUGACAGCUCAGGAGGAGGAGGAGGACUGGUCUCCGGAGCGGGGGUGAUGCCAGGGAUGGGAGAGUACAUGCCUGCUAUGGGCAUUAAGCAGGAGAAGGUUUCAGAGCUGGACUACAGGCAGCCCAUGUAUCCGAGUGACGGGGGGCGUGGAGGCACAGAGAUGAUGGAGAUGACCCUCGGCAACCAUCAGAACCUGCUUAUACACGACCUCAGCAUGGGGAACCUGUCGGGGAGGCUUGGAAAGGACUCCUCAGGGAGGAAAGGUCGAAGGUCAAACGGUGACGGACAGGAGGGCAAGACGCGACGGAAACGAGGAGAAUCGAAGUCUCUGAUGCUGGAUCCUGACGGAGGGACGGUGUCUCCCAGCUCCAAACCGCACAUCUGUGAGCACUGCAGUGCAGCUUUCCGCAGCUCCUACCAUCUCCGCAGACAUGUUCUCAUACACACGGGUGAAAGGCCAUUUCGGUGUAACCAGUGUAAUAUGAGCUUCAUACAGAAAUACCUCCUACAGAGACAUGAGAAAAUUCACAGCGGAGAGAAGCCUUUUAGCUGUGACCAGUGCAACAUGCGCUUCAUUCAGAAAUACCACAUGGAGAGACACAAACGAACACACAGCGGAGAAAAGCCAUACAAGUGUGACACCUGUCAACAGUAUUUUUCCAGGACAGACCGGUUGUUGAAGCACAAGCGGACAUGCGGAGAUGGCAUAAAAAAGGAUUUGGACGGCGUGGAGAUGGAAAUGGGCAGGGAGCAUGGCAGCUACGCAAUCACUCAGGGAAAUGUGACCACACCAGGCCGCAAGCGAGGAAAGUCCAAAACCGGUGGUGAGGGUUGCAAACGCAAAAGGGCAUCAGGGCUGUCGCACAGUCAGGGGACAGAGGGGUAUGAAGUGCAUGAUUUUAACACUGUGGACAACCAUGGACACUCUCUAUCAUCUUCGACAUCAGCAUCCAUCCAUCCAGGGCCGAGCAUGCACGGAGAACCAGUGCCAGCACCCAAAAUGGCAUUUAAAAAGAGCCACAGGAAAGGCUUGGAAAAAAAUCCCCAAUCCAAGCCUGGCAACAUGGAGCUGACCGGAGAUGCUGGCAUGGAUGAUAUGGGCCUCCUCCAGAGCCACAAAGCAGGCCAAAGUAGUAGCAGCAGCAACAAUGCCAACUAUGACGAUGCCAUGCAGUUCCUCAAGAAGCGGCGCUACCUGCCUGGGACCAGCAAUGGCAUUGUAGGAGGUGGAGCUACUGGCUAUGACGUGGGGGUCAGCCACUUGCAUCCCCAACCGGUGGUUGUGCAGGGCAUCGUGUCUGGAGUGAUGGACGGAGACUCCUCUUUGGGACUCCUCGACUCGUCACCGCUGGCCGACAUCAAGCCGGACAAGUCAGGAAUCCCAGAUGAAGUGCUACAAAGCCUGCUGGAGCACUAUGGCCACAAGCCUGACGUGACGUUUGACUUAUCUGACCCACAUCAUGUGGAACUGGAGCAUGGCACGGCCGAAGGAGUCGACCCGUUGGGUGCCGAGAGCAACUCGGGAGGCGGAGACAAGACGUCCUUGAUGCACGAGUACUCUCGCUUCCUCCUUCAGGCUCUCGAGAGGACGAGUCACAGUGGUGGCUUUGUACUCGGCCCGACGCCUUCCUCCUCCUCCUCCACUUCGUCGUCCAGCACCGUAGCUUCUUUUUCCACGUACACCACCUCCCAUCUGGAGUUUUCCUUCGGCCUCCCAGCCUCCUCAUCAACGCUUAAUUGUUCUGUGCCAAAGUCACACUUUGGCUUGUUGGGGAACUCGUCGCCUUCGCAGGGCUUCCAUCUGAGUGGCCUGGACCCCCCGGCGCACACUCAGCAUUCCCAGCAGCCUCAACCACAGCAGCAGCAGCAGCAGCUCACCCCAUCCCAGGAGCUGACAGAACACCUGGAGAAACAACACAACAGCUCUCCUUCUGCCCCUCCUCACACCCCCAACUCAAGCGCCUACCAGCUCCCAGCUCCAACCACUGACCUCAGCGGCCAAAAAGACGACCAAGGCUCCAAAAACGGCGCCACUGGCUUCUCAAUGGUCCCUGCCAAAGGCUCAUAUCAGAUUGAAAACUUUGCUCAGGCUUUUGGGGGGCAGUUUAAAGGUGGCCAUAGGCCUUUGGUGUUUGGUACAGACUCGGGCACAGAUGUGGAGCAAUUCUCAGGGUACAGCAGCCUUCUGGCCAGCGUGAGCGAUACCAAAAGCCCACAAAGCCAAAGCUACAACUGAUCUGGCUGCAGAGCUUCUGCUUAUUCAUUAUGUCUUUUGUAUCGUUGUUUUUGUUAUUAUUAUUAUUAUUAUUAUUAUUAAUUAUUUAGUUCUAUUUUAUUAUUAUUUUUGUAAUGUUUUUUUUUGUGUUUUUUGUAAUUAUCUUGUUGCCAUUUAUGAAAACAUGAAAUUUCACCCCUAGAUGGCUUGCGAAGCCGGAAAUGAAAUGCAAAAUUAAGUAUUUUCGAUUCGUUUCCUUUUUUGGAAGGAAAAGGCAUAUUUACUAAUGAUCUUCUUUUUGUAGUGUCUUAGAGACUGCUCUGUUCAUCGGCAGAACACCAUCAUGAAGCAAAAAUAGAGUAGCAGCAAUUAACUUUCCACAGUUUGUUUCUUUCCCCUUUCUCUAUCCAGCGACGGUCAUGUUUCCACAAUGUAAAAUAACUUUGAGGUAAGAAAUGACGGAUUAGCCCGGAAAAGGAGACGGUGGGGGAAAAAAAAAUCCAAAAAUGUCGUCUGUUACAAGAUUUAAAGUAUUACUCAGGUAAAAUGUGUAAAGGUGUACAGGAAAAUUUUAUCAAGAGGGGCAGCAAUAAUGCAUUGAAAAGGUGGAAAACUUUGCAAAUACAGAGAAGCUUUGAUUUAUUAUUUCUCUCUCUCUCGGAAUUAUUAUUAUUUUUUUUUCCGAUUGCGACACCUAAAAAUAUGAAACUGCUGCCUGCUCUGUUUCACUGACAACACUUUCCACUCGGCUGUAUAGAGAUUAUGGUACUUUUAUGUAAAUGUGAAACGCUCACAUUUUCUUUCAAUAAGGGCCAUAUAUAUUUAUAAGAAUAACUAUAUGUACAAUACCAUAUGUAACCUUUCUGAGGAACGGCGGGUGACACCGUGGUGGUAAUGGUGGGGGGGGAAUGGGAUGUGUCUGAGCAUGCUCUUUUUUUCUCCUUUGCCAAAACCCUCACCGUAGUCCUCUUACCCCCCCCCCCCCCUUCUUUAUUAUCUUUUUUCUUUUCUUUUCUUUUUUCUUCCCUUUUCACCUUUGGAGAGCAGAGCCGAGGGUUGCUCACAAGAGGGCACCGUGUGCACAUGUGUGAGUGCCUCUCAUCACACACCAGCUCAUAGGACAAUGCUGUGCCUCUUUCACCUGCCUCCUCCUCCUCCUCCUCUUCUUCAUCUCGAAAAAGAGUCCAGUCGAGCACUUUGAACCUGUUCCUCCUUUUUUUUGCAUACAGGAUGAAACGGCCCAGUCUGAUCAAGCAGGAUGUUCGUUCUGUAACAGCGGACAUGCUAUUUUUUUAUGUAAAAAAAAAAAAGAAAAGAAAUCUAAAGUCAAUGUUCGGAAGACACGCAAAGGAUAAAGACCAGGAC